AUGCCAUUCCAGAUGGCAGUCCGCCUCCUCUCUCCCGUGCUUAUUGUUCUUACCAUCCUGACUUUGUUUGCCUCUGCCUACGUUCCCAGUGCUGGCUGUGUUGGUGAAGUGUCCAGUGUUUCCCGAGCCCCGGGUUUAAUAGACGUUUUCACUGUCGGGUCCGACGGGAAGGUCUACACAGCUGCGUGGACACCAAGAGAUGUAUCCUUCCGCGGAUGGUGGCACAUUGCUUCGACAUCAGAUAUCGAAGUUCCACCCUGUUCCUCUGUUUCAGUCGUAUCCAGGUCGUUGGAUAAGUUGGACGUCUUCGUUGCCGGUAUCGAUGGUCGGGUGUACUCGGCUUCGUGGGCACAAGGGGACACGACAUGGCAUGGUUGGUUCUUCAUUAAUGCGGAGGUGUUGCCAGGCUCGCAUAUUGAAUCUAUUUCUCGUUCGGACGGCAAAAUUGAUUUGUUUGUCACGGGCCUGGACGAAAGAGUUUGGCACGCUUCGUUCCAGCACAGCGACUUCGCAGCCACUCGCUGGGCACCGAUUGGAACACUCAAAGUAUCGCCUGCCUCCCGCAUUGGGUCUGUGUCUCGUGACAAGGGUAAGAUUGAUGUGUUCGUCACGGGAGCUGAUGGUCUUAUCUACUCUUCAUCGUGGGAGCCUGGCCUGAGCAAGUUCCGUGACUGGGUGCACAUCGGUGGACGAACAGUACCUGGCACUCCUAUCACGGCAGUCUCACGAGCGGAAAAUCAGAUCGAUAUUUUCCUUAUCGGUUUGGACGAGAAGGUUUGGACGAGCUACUAUCGCCCUGGCAGAACGACAUAUGGCGGUUGGAGAUCUAUUCCAUCAGCGAACUUUCCACCGCACACAAUCGUGUCAGCCGUAGUACCGUCAGUUCACGACAUCCAUAUCUUUGCCACGUCAAGGACCGGCGCCAUAAUUACCACUUUCCAGAAGGACGCCACACCGGAGUGGUCAGCCUGGGAGUCGGUACGUCGCGGAACAACAGUUCCUGGGGCACCCGUCGGUGCACUCAGGCGCGGCCCCGGAAAGAUCGACGUGUUCAUGACUGGUAUCGAUGCAAAAGUCAGAACAUCAGCUUGGCAGGUUGGCCCAAGUGGUUUCGGGAACUGGGCUUCAGUCGGUACCCUUGUCGGAGGCAUGACCGACCCUAAACCUGGUCAAUGGAGGGAAGUGGGCAUUGCAUACGGGGUUGAGAACUCUGACUUUUCAGAUGAGGCCCAAGGCAUAGCCACUGACAACAACUUCUGGUACCUGUCAACUAACACGAAAGACAACAAGUCCGUCCGGAAGGUCAGUAAUGCCGGGGAUGUGGUAGCAACGAUAAAAGUGCCAAUGAACGGCGAGGAUGUGCAUGUCGGCGCAUUAUCACAUUAUCAAGGAUGGCUGUAUGUCCCAAUUCAAUACCCACAUGGCAUCUGGAAAUUCAGGGCCGAUUUUACCCGGGAAGAGUGGCUUCCCAUUGGUAUCUCAGACAAUGUUCUCUCCUUCGCUGCCAUCAAUCCAUUGAAUGGAAGAUUGUACACGACUCGUUUUGACAUAUAUACACUCCAGACCCCUACUCUCUAUGCUUAUGACCGCAACACCAUGACAAGGAAGCCAGAAGACGAUAUUAUCCUGGGCUCAACACCUAUCCCUCUAGCCAAUAUUCAAGGUGGAGUGUUCACCGCACGUGGGCGGCUUAUUCUUGUGACAAGCGAUGCGGAAGCGUACGACUACUCGAACUACUUGUUUGUAUUUUCGGCAAGAACUGGGUAUUGCUUCGGCAUGAAAUCUCUGGGAAGCUACGGAUCGGCUGGUUCUGAGACGGAAUCCGUCGCUGUGCGACCGUGGAGAUUCGAUUCGAGACGGGCCCCUGUGCAUGUCUUGGAGCUGGACAAUGAUAUCUGGACGGCGGAUGACUUUUAUAUUCACAGCUAUUCUGUACCAUUUCCAGACCUUCUUUAA